AUGUCGUUCUUCAAAUCACUUCGAAGAAAGAGCACGAAUAACUCCAAUCCAACUUACAACACCAAUACUAUCACUCCUGCAAGACCUUCGACUGUGAACGAGAUCUACGGCACAAACAAUAUUGCGCCGCCAUCCGAAAGGUCCAAGCCGACUGUAGUCACCACAUCUAGCGCCAACCCACCAGCAGCACCACCAGCUUACGCUCCCACUUCACCGGUAGAUGGCUUUACUGAUAAAUCAGGGGAGGAUCCCUUGGAGAUAUUGAGAGAAUAUGACACUGUCUUUCUUAUUGACGAUAGCUCAUCGAUGAAAGGUCGGAGGUGGACUGAAGCUCGUAUUGCUUUGAUGGGGGUCGCAGAUAUCGCAGCUAGAUAUGAUCAAGACGGCAUUGAUGUAGAAUUUCUCAAUAGCGGCAAAGUAGGAAACGGUCUGAAAACCGGCAAUCAAGUCAUGCAAUUAUUCGAGACUGUCAAACCAAGUGGCUCGACGCCUACUGGUCGAAGGCUCGAAGCUAUCUUGAGAGAAUAUAUGAACGCACUCGAACGAAAAGGCUUAAGACGAAAUUCUUCGAUGUUCGGCUCCAGUUCUAACUCAAACCCAAAUGUGAAACCUAUGAAUCUGAUUGUAAUCACAGAUGGAGCUCCCACUGAUGAUCCUGAAAGCGUCAUCAUAACGUUCGCUAAACGUCUGGAUAAAGGAGAACAUCCCUUAUCUCAAAUAGGCAUUCAGUUCUUACAGGUAGGCGAUGACGCUUCUGCCAAAGAAGCUUUGCAGGAAUUAGACGAUGGUCUUUCAGAUAAACAUGAUAUAAGGGAUAUAGUCGAUACGGUCCCUUAUUGCGGUAAAGAACUUACAGCUGAAAUGAUAGUGAAGACAUUGAUUGGUGGUAUAAAUCGACGUAUGGAUAGGAAGGCUUAG